AUGGCCAUCUCAAAGCUCCGUCUUAUUUGCUUCGCCGCUAGCUUGGUGAGCGCCAACUCGCGCUUCCUUGCGCCGGUUCAAGACAUUAAUCUUCCGGCUAGCGAGACUGCUGAGCACCCGUUGGAGCACCUCGGCGCUAAUGGCCCUUGGUAUGCAGAUCUCUACAACGAGGGCGAAGAGUUCAUGGUCUGGGCCAACAACUAUUCCCGAGUUCUACAGACUGCGAAACUUUUUGUCCGUGGCUUUUUGGGGACCAACGCCACCUUGUUCGGAGAUAUCGUAUCAGUCACUUCAAAAGGUUUUCCUGGCGGGAUCGGCGAUUCUUUGGCCCCGUCGGAUAUGUGUCCGACGUUUGCUGACACGGAAGGCGGCGACUACGUCUCUCAAUGGAACGAUGUCUGGAUCCCCCCCGUCCUCGAGCGCCUGCAAGCCUUGAUUACCGGCAAUCUCACGCUCACCGAGAACGAUGUGUCGCAAAUUCCCUAUCUGUGCGGAUAUGAAAGCCAGAUCACCGGCCGCCUGUCACCUUGGUGUGAUAUAUUCUCGGACGAGGAUUUCCUCCAGUAUGAGUACUUCCAAGACCUGCGUUACUACUAUGGAGUUGGUCCUGGCACGGACAUCCCAUCCAAGAUGAUGACGCCGUACUUGAACGCGCUUAUGGCCCUGUUUGGCGAAGGCCCUUCCGUUACCGGAAAACGGACCGACGGAAGCACGUUCACGCUACCGAAGCUCAUUGUCUCUUUUCUCAACGAUGGACAGCUUAAUGAGCUUGUGACAGCCUCUGGAGUUAUGGACUCCCAAGCUCCGCUUUCUCCCACUGAGAAAGAUGAUGACCGCGCUUGGGUCAGUUCUAGAUACACCACGAUGCGAGGUACCAUCGCGUUUGAGCGACUUAAUUGUGCUGUUUCUGGCAAUGGCACGUAUGGAAACGCUACUCACGCCUCUCCCCCAGUCAAGAGAUGCUCCAACUCGACUGCGCCAUCUCCUCCUAGCGGAUCCCACAAUGCAACCUAUGUUCGUAUCCGUUUGAACGACGCCGUUUAUCCUUUGCCUUCUUGCAAGAACGGACCCGGAUCUUCAUGUCUACUGGAAGAUUACAGGAAGUACGUGUCCAACAAGCUCGACUCCGAGGGCAACUGGAUCACGAACUGCAAUGUUACUGCUGCGGGGGCACCAUCAACCGUGAAGGGAGCAAGCUUUUACACAGACUUGACCAGCCCGUGGUUGAGUCAUGUGGCUCCUUGA